AUGGAUGAAGACCUAGACUCCGUCACUGAAGAAACUUCAUUUCAAGUGAACCAGAAAAAGAUCUUAUCAUUGGACCACCAUCGAUCAACAUUGGGAAUGGGCACAUUGAAUGCGAUAUAUCUUGGAAUUGCCGAUUACAUUGAUUACCUAUGUUUGGCUGAGAUGGUCGAUUCGAUCGAAGUUUGCAACUUUAAAAAUCUCAUGUUUGUGGACACUGACCUGUUGUAUGCUCUUCAAAUAGUUCCUGAUCCCCAAACUAAAAAGAAUAUUCCAAAAAAUUCAAUCAAAAGUUUACUUGACUUUUUGAAUCAUACCGUUACUAGAGAAGGAUACUUGCUUCUUCGUGAUUGGGUGAGAAAGCCGUUGGCCAAAUUGGAUUUGAUCAAACAGCGGCAGAUUAUUGUUCAAUGCUUUUCACUGGAGUCUUUCAAAGACAAUCGAAAGCAGAUUUUCAAAUUAUUAAGCCAAUUAAAGAAUCCGUUUCGCAAAAUCAGACGACUUAGGACAAAUGAGUUGCUUUGGAAUAGCUGGAAGUCCUUACUUGUGUUUUUAUCAAACUCGGUUCAAAUUGCAAAGCUUUUGAGAUUAUACUUUGGAUCGUUGAGCAUAGAGACCUCAGUCGAUCACAAAUUCACAACUUUAUUAGAGGAUGAUGUUUUCGAGUUUCAAAAACUCUCCGAAACCAUACUUCUGAUAAUUGAGUUACAAUCGUCAGCGGAGGAGGGGAAGGUCAGGGUUUUGGGUGGAGUCGAUGAAGAGAUUGACGGAUUGAGGGUAAUUUACAACGACUUGGAGUCGAUUUUGCAAGCAUGCACACAAGCGUUGAUGUCUAGUCAUAACCAGAGCUUCAACACUGUUUAUAUACCACAAUUGGGAUUUUUAAUCUCCGUUGAUAUCGCAGACCAUGCACUGGGGGCGGCAUUAGAAUGGGAUCAAGUGUUUGCGACACCCUCGAAUGCUUAUUAUAAGUGCGACAAAGUGCAAGAGUUGGAUGAAAAGUAUGGAGAUAUUCACACUCUCAUCAAUGAUAGAGAAAUUGAGAUUAUUCAAGGGUUACAGGAAGAAGUGUUAACCUAUGAAGCUAAGAUACUCAAAGUUAUUGACGGUCUUGUGGAGUUAGAUUGCUUGUGUUCCCUUGCUGAAGCGUCAGCAUCACCUAACUUCAACUAUCCCACAUUAACUAAUGGGUUGGAGCUACAGAUAAAAGAUGGCAGACAUGUGUUGUUAGAGUCACUUCUGAAAGUGGUUGUUCCCAAUGAUGCUAUUUAUGAAGAAAAAGAACGAAUGAUUGUAUUAACAGGCGCCAAUUUUUCUGGAAAAUCAAUCUUCUUGAGUCAAGUUGCAUUGAAUGUUGUGCUUGCACAAAUUGGUUGUGCAAUUCCUGCGUCAUCUGCGGUCAUUGGUAUAGUUGAUAAAUUGCUAACAAGAAUUCUGUCCAGAGAAUCUUUAGAAAAACGCCAAAGUACGUUUGCAAUAGAUAUAAAUCAGCUUUCAAAGUGUAUCAAUCUUGAAACAGAAAGGUCAUUGGUUAUCAUUGAUGAAUUUGGGAAGGGUAGUGAUUCCAUUGACUCACCAGCGCUCUUAGGGGGCACUUUGACUUAUUUUGCUUCACGAAGUGAUUGCCCACGUUGCAUACUAUCGACACAUUUCUUGGAGCUUUUCAGAGGUAAUUUGAUUGUUGAUAGAGUGCGUUCAGAGAGGGUCAAGUUCUUGUGUACACAAGUUGUAUUGACUGAUGGAGAAGCAAAAGCCGCCGAUAUCACCUAUUUAUACAGAAUUGUCGCAGGAGUGUGCGACAACAGCCAUGGCAUUCAUUGUGCCAAGGUAUGUAGGAUCCCAUCAUCUAUCAUUGCACGAGCAGAAGAGAUCGCACGUAAGCUCGAUGCGGGAAAAGAUUUGGUCAAUGAAAUGACGUUAUUAACAGCACAUGAAGAGCAAAACUAUUCGAUAGCUAGAGAUGUUGUUAUGAAGUUUUUGGCAUUAGAUUUCAGCGACUCAGUUCUAGUUACGUUUGAUCUUUCAGAAUUUGAUGCUAUUUUUUAA